AUGCUGGGCAAGAACUUGGGAAAGAAGGUUGGCGCUGAUUUCAUCAAUAAAGAAUACCACAAAUAUCUUAAAAAACAAGAUGAUACGAAAGAUCAAGGGAAAGAUAAGAAAGAAAAGACAAGCAGUAAAGAAUCAGCACAAAGCUCUUCAUCACACAGCGGCGAAUCCCACUCAUUUGCGGACAAACAGCAGCAAAAGAAGUUGAAACGAGAAGCAAUGCGAAAGAAAGGGCAGACAGCAAAGAAGAUCCUGCCCACUGAUAUUGAGAAACCAAAAGUAGCACUGCGUCCAUUCAUAUGCAAACUUCCCACUAGGAAACUACGCUGGAAAGGCAAGCCAAGCGAGAACACGGUAACGGUACAG